UUACCUUUUAUGGACAACGCCAGCAGUCCCGCGAGCGCGAAUAAAACCGGUGCGGUUUGGCUCGUGAUGCUGCAUUCACCGAGCACAGCUGGGGCAGAGAAACACCCGCGAGCCUUCACCGACAGACACACCUGAGACUCACCUGCACAGAAAUGGAGGAUGACGUCGCUGCCCUCGUUGUUGACAACGGCUCCGGCAUGUGCAAGGCCGGUUUUGCCGGAGACGACGCCCCCCGCGCCGUCUUCCCGUCCAUCGUCGGCCGCCCCAGACACCAGGGUGUGAUGGUGGGGAUGGGACAGAAGGACAGCUACGUGGGAGACGAGGCCCAGAGCAAGAGAGGCAUCCUGACCCUGAAGUACCCCAUCGAGCACGGCAUCGUCACCAACUGGGACGACAUGGAGAAGAUUUGGCAUCACACCUUCUACAACGAGCUGCGUGUCGCUCCUGAGGAGCAUCCAGUCCUGCUGACCGAGGCGCCGCUCAACCCCAAGGCCAACAGGGAGAAGAUGACGCAGAUCAUGUUCGAGACCUUCAACUGUCCUGCCAUGUAUGUUGCCAUCCAGGCCGUCCUGUCGCUGUACGCCUCCGGUCGUACCACAGGUAUUGUGAUGGACUCCGGUGACGGUGUCAGCCACACUGUGCCCAUCUACGAGGGUUACGCUUUGCCCCACGCCAUCCUCCGUCUGGACCUGGCUGGCAGAGAUCUGACCGACUAUCUAAUGAAGAUCCUCACUGAGAGGGGCUACAGCUUCACCACCACCGCCGAGCGUGAGAUCGUGCGCGACAUUAAGGAGAAGCUCUGCUACGUGGCUCUGGACUUCGAGCAGGAGAUGCAGACGGCAUCUUCAUCCUCCUCCCUGGAGAAGAGCUACGAGCUUCCUGACGGACAGGUCAUCACCAUCGGCAACGAGAGGUUCCGCUGCCCCGAGACGCUCUUCCAGCCUUCGUUCAUCGGAAUGGAGUCGGCUGGCAUCCACGAGACGACGUACAACAGCAUCAUGAAGUGCGACGUGGACAUCCGUAAGGACCUGUACGCCAACACGGUGCUGUCCGGCGGCACCACCAUGUACCCCGGCAUCGCUGACCGUAUGCAGAAGGAGAUCACCGCCCUGGCCCCACCCACCAUGAAAAUCAAGAUCAUCGCUCCCCCAGAGAGGAAGUACUCAGUCUGGAUCGGCGGCUCCAUCCUGGCCUCCCUCUCCACUUUCCAGCAGAUGUGGAUCAGCAAGCAGGAGUACGACGAGUCCGGCCCCGCCAUCGUCCACCGCAAGUGCUUCUAGAAAGCUGCUCGUCGUCCUCCUGCCCCAGCGGGGAAGUUAAUAUGCAUUUCAACUGUCCAUCCAACUAGAGAUGUCUCGGGUUUAUCUUGUGUGGACAGACUAAAAGAUGCAAGAUGCCACAGACGAUGAAUCCAGUGACGGUCUACGUUUUAAUGUCUCGACUCUGCAGGUCCUCAGCAGCCUGCUGAACCUACAACGGCGUCUCUGAAUAUGCUCCUCUAACUCCUGGUGAUAAACUACUGCUAGUCAAACAGUAUCACUGAACCUUUCUGUCAUGUCUUUCUACCUCUCUAGCAAUAAAUUGCACGUCAAUAUUCUGCUUUUCUCCUCGUCCGGUCUGUCGAUUGACUGACAAUCUGUAUAAAUACUCCCCACGAGUGUUUCCUGAUCAAUAAAAUGCCAACAUUUGAUGUUUA